GUAUCAUUGUGAUUUGGGAAACGUCCACCUUGGUUAAGUAUUUCGGAUGUAAGGAAACUUUCGAUUCGUUCGUACUUGCGAAUCGAUUCACUCGACCUAUUAAAAAGAUUUCAGACGGAAACGAUUCGUCCAAAACGGUUCGUCUCCGAUCAGUGCAAUCCGCCCCCACCUAGAAGGAAGGACGGAGGGAAACAGAGCUCACACACUCGAGAUGGCAAAGGCAGAUCAACGCUUCGGACAAAGAGAUGGCUCCGACCAGAACUUUGACUACAUGUUCAAGCUCCUCAUUAUAGGCAACAGCAGUGUGGGCAAAACCAGCUUUCUAUUCCGAUAUGCAGACGACUCUUUCAGCAACUCGUUUGUCAGCACCGUUGGCAUUGACUUCAAAGUAAAAACAGUUUACCGCAAUGACAAGAGGGUCAAACUCCAAAUUUGGGAUACAGCAGGUCAGGAGCGUUACAGGACCAUCACCACAGCUUACUACAGAGGAGCAAUGGGUUUCAUUCUCAUGUAUGACAUCACCAACGAGGAGUCAUUCAAUGCAGUACAGGAUUGGGCAACCCAGAUUAAGACCUACUCAUGGGACAAUGCUCAGGUUAUUUUAGUGGGAAAUAAAUGUGACAUGGCUGAUGAGAGAGUGAUACCUGUGGAGAAAGGCAAGCACUUGGCUGAUCAACUAGGCUUUGAGUACUAUGAGGUGAGCGCCAAGGAAAACAUCAAUGUCAGGCAGGUGUUCGAGCGCCUGGUGGACAUCAUCUGUGUGAAGAUGUCUGAGCGGAUGGACACAGACCCGUCCAUUAUCAGUGGAGCCAAGACCACUCGGCUUACUGACAAGCCGACGCAGCUACCUCAGAAUUGCUGCUGAUUUAGCCCAUUUAUUCUGAUGUCACGUGCUAGACUAUUGUGCUGAUCCUGUCUUUUCAUCUGCUUUCCAUUUUCAUCAACAUAGACUUUUUUUUUUUCCUUACAUGUAGUAGUGUUAUAUAUAUAGUUCACUGUUAAUGCUAUACUGCCACUUUAAGCACACCUCUAACUAAGGGUCAGAGUUAGGUCAAAGCAGGGACUCCAGCAAAGCACAAAAAAGCACAUGCUCACUGCCAGACACAGAUAUCUCACAUGAGUAAAUCAGACCUCAACAGGUGUAUUAUUCUAGCAUAAUCGGUGCUUUAACGAUCACCUAACACUAUCUCUCUGCUUCUUUUCUGCAACUGUUGCUCAGCGAAAGAGCACAAGUGUGACCUAAGCUCAGACAACUGCAGAGUGUCCAUAACAGUUAUAUAUUAUGCACAGUAAUGGUCUGCUGUUUCAGGGUGGUUUUGAUGUUCUGUUGUUGUUUUUUUUUAACUUGGUGGAACCACUGGAUGGUUGGUUAUUAUAAAGUUAUUUCACUGCCAAAAGUCAAGAGCACAAUAGUUUAGAUCCGUCAUCAAGAUUCCUUUCACUCUUGCUCAUAUUUAUUUUGCUGUCAUACCAAAAUACAUGUCCAGGCUCAAAUCUGUCCUGCUUGCUGAGUGGGGCAACACAAAAGCACUCACCCUACAUCAGGAGAUUGUGAGUUCAGAUGUAUGUACAAAGCCAUGACCAUCCAUGGUCGGGAGUCUUAACAGACCAUAAAUUACCUUCUUGUUAUCAGUUGUGGGCAUCUGUGAGCUCAUGUAUGCAGAAAACGGCAGAUGCCUUGCUUUCCUCCGAGGGUGUUCAGCUGCCAUGUGAGAGAGCAUGAGCAGCAGUUUGAAAAACAUGUAAUGGCUACACGUCUCAGACGAUGCACAUGCAAGUCUUCAACCUCAUUGUGUAAAUAUUAAAAAAAGAGGGGGGGGUAACAUUUAGGAAGUAUGAAACAAUGUCAUCCUUCCCAUUCUCAUACGUUUUUAUUCUCACAUAGCUAGGUUUCCUUUUCGUUGUACAUCAUGUUUUAGUGUCUGUAAACAUUUAAUGCUCGUCGAUAUUUAUAACGGACCACUCCAUCUGCUCGGCGUCAGCAAUAUGGUGUCAGAAUGGGAGGAGCUUAUCUUGAUUUCCUCCUACUAUUAAAAUUGUAGUGAACACCAUCAGCUGAAACCCAUUCUGACUGGCUGACGACUUUGGGCAGUGUUGUUGCACCAAAGCAUGACCUAAACGGGUGAGCACAAAAAGUGUAAGUGAGCCAGAUAAAUGUAACAUGUACGCAUGUAUUAUUGUAUGAAAGUUGAAGUAUCCUUCGUAAUCAUUGCGUGUCCUACUAACGGCUACAAAAGCUAAUGCGCUCCCCAUUUUUGGCAAUAAAAUAACACCAUAGGUUCCUUUGAAUACCUAUAAUGGGCACAAUAUAAUAUGUGUUUUUGGACAUACAGAGCACUUUGCAAAUGUUCAAUAUAUCAUGAUAUAUCAAAGGUAGUUUAGAACUUGCAUGAAUCAAGCUGAGUAGCCUACAAAUAGUCUUACAAAACAAAAAUCAAAUCCCUACAUGUUCUCUUGCAUAAAAGUGAGUAUUUUCUUGUGGAAUAUAUAUAACUAUAUAUUUGAAUGUUUUGUGCGUGUGUGCGUGUGUGUGUGUGUGUGUGUGUGCGCGUGCUGACCGUAUUCAGCCGUAAGGUGACAUUCGGGUUGUUACUGCACAUAUUUACGAUUCAUUUACAGUGACAACACAUUAAAAAUAUCUUUAGAGAUGCCAGUAUAUGUAUAUUGUAAAACUUGUGCCACGACUGAUUAAUAUUUCAGAAACGUAGCAAAUCCUUGUGGAGUUCUACAUGUAUCACAUACAUUGAGUUUUCAAUUAAGUGAUGUAGGCAUUUAUGAACAAUGUUUUAUGUAACUACUUUGAAAUUUAUUUUACAUGAGAUAUUUAUUAUUAAGAUGUUGUAAGCUAUCAAGCUGGUCUUUGCUGAGUAGAUAUUUAUUUUUAUGCUAUAACUGAAGCUGGGAACAUAUAGAUGUACUGUAACUUUGCUGUCAGUGAUUUUUGACUGGUAGACAAAUUUGCACAAGGAUAUAGAGUGACUGUACAGAUCAUUGUAAAAGUUUGUUUUAGAUGCAAUUUGUAACAAUAAAAGUACCACUCACACCA